AUGUCCCACCCCACCCCACCGAGCACGAAGCUGGCCCACCCCUCGCUGACGGGUCAAGGACUGAGGAGGCCAAGGAGAUGCUGUCCCAGACGGGACAACAAGAUCUCCAAGGACAUCCACAACCUGGGGGCCCCUGCUCAGGCCAUGUGCCGCCUGCGGGCUCCCCUUUCCUCUAUUCUCAUGGCUGCUUUUGUUGUUCUUCAUUCUAACUCCGCUACUGCCCAGCCUCUUCCUCACCCUCGAAAUACCCACUGGAGAUUCUUUGCUAGGGAGAUCUACCACGGACAUGACAAAGUCAUAGGAACCCAGGACUGCCCACUGGAAGGAUGCCAGACCGCCAUUGAGAUCCCUCUACGCCCUGAUUCCAUCUCCACCACGUCCGACCCUUUCCUCUGCUUUCCUUACCGCAACACCGGCGCCUGCCUCCGGGAGGCCUCCUCGUACGGAGGUUGCAGGUACCAGAGGUGCCAAAUUGAAUCCGCCGGCCGCAGUGGCACCAUGCUCGCCAACCUUAACACUCAUUUUCAGCUUUCUAUCGGCGAUCCCUGGGACGAGCGAUGGCAGACAGGAGUGGUGGGGAAGCUCUACCCUAACAGCCACGCCAAAUCCCCAGUAGCCGACCUGCGCGUGUCCUGCCUGCUCGUCCCUGUGUCCACACCUGUCACUGACCGACGCGUUAAAGAUCUUCAGCAGAAGACUCACACUCGAAAGCAGGACCAAGCUGCUGUCUCCUGGCUACAAUACAUCCAAUACACCGCCGGCCUCCUAUCCCUAACCACCCACCGAAACGCCUCUGAGUGCUUCCUCUGCGCCUCCCUCUCCCGGCCGCCACUGACAGCCAUUCCAGCUAACAUCUCCAUUCACGAACCCCUCGGGCCCUCACCCCCAGGAAAGUUACAAAACGUUCCUCUCUUCGAUCUGUCCUUCCCCCUUUGCCUCGUAAGCCCCUCUUCAAGGUCCCAUCCUUCGUGUUCCCGUGACGUCACCGUCACCGAGCCAGUAUGUGUUCGCCCUCCCGCUCUUCUCUGGUGCAACAAUGUUACCAGUGCCUGCGUUAACCCCCCCUUUCCAGGUUUCUGCACCCCGGUAAUAGUUGUUCCCCAGGUCUAUCUCUACGAGCCUCAAGAGCUCCCUUUACAGCUGGGAGGAGACGGAAAGACAAGAGAGGGCUUCGUUCCUCUGCUCAUCAGACUGGGUGUCAGGGACUUGCUGGGCCCCACCGGAGCCCCUGGGGCAGCCUUUGUCCAAAUGCACCAUCCUGCUGGUGACUUCCAGGAGAACUUCGACCAGGCCACAGCUUCCUCCACAAUCGACAGUCUUGAUUCCCUCCAGCCCCAGGUCACCUCCCAAGCAGGGGUUGCUCAACAAAACCGAAGACGUCGGUACUUGGCGGCUGCUGAGCAGGGAGCCACUUGCUUUUUCCUGGGGGAGGAAUGCUGCUUCUACGUGAAUAAAUCCGGACUGGUAGAACAAAAUGUACAGAAGCUCAAAGAGCUCCAGCGAGAGCUCCAGGAGGGCAGCCUUACCUCACGGUACUCCACUCCCCUAGCGGCUUGGCUCGUCCCCCUCCUUGUUUCUACUUUGGUUCUUGGGGCCCUCCUGACAGGCUACCUGAUCAAAUAUCAGAAAACCAGAAAUGACAGAUAA